UUCACAUAUAUUUUUUCACAUGCAUAGUUCUAUUUUGUGUUCAUGGCUUGCAUGGAUGAGCAACAAUUACCAACAUUUAAGUAUUAUUGUAGGGUAUGUAAGAAGGGGUUUAUGUGUGGUAGAGCUCUAGGUGGGCACAUGAGAGCUCAUGGAGUUGGGGAUGAGAGUGGGAUGAACAUUGAAGAUGAGGAGGAGGAGGAGGAGAAUGACUGGGAUGAGAAACUUGGAGGGGGUGAUGGGACAGUUAGUGUCAAGAGAAUGUACCAAUUGAGAACCAAUCCAAAUAGGUUAAAGAGUUGUAGAGUUUGUGAAAAUUGUGGGAUGGAGUUCUUGUCUUGGAAAUCAUUUCUCGAGCAUGGGAAAUGUGGCUCUGACAACACGUCUGAGUCCCUGGUGUCCUCAGGUGAGGAGGACGAUGGUGGAAAACUUGGUGGACGAUGGUAUAAGCGUAGGAGAUCAGUGCGAGAAAAAGUGGGUAGUUUUAGUUCAACUUAUGGAUCGAGCGAAGAAGAGGACCUCCACGUAGCUAGAUGCCUUAUAGAACUAUCCAAUACAAUAGUUGAUCCGCCAUUGGCGGUUGAGCCGGAGGAGUCGUCCGCCUCUGCUAGUCGGGAGGAGGAGAGGCGGAACCACAACACAUUCACGAGCAGGGCAAACUUUGACAAGGCAAAAGGGCUAGUUUCUCCUAGCCCUAAAGGCUUGUUUGAAUGCAAAGCAUGCAAGAAAGUGUUUAAUUCCCACCAAGCAUUGGGGGGACAUAGGGCAAGCCAUAAGAAGGUUAAAGGGUGUUAUGCAGCCAAACAAGAACAACAAGAUGAAACAAAUUUGGCAGAAGAUGAUGUGAUCACACAUGAAGAAUCCUUGAUCCCACCAAAAUCAACCUCCUAUUUCCAAUUUGGACAAGGUUCUACAAUCAUUGGAGCUACUAAGAGGAAAUCGAAAGGCCAUGAAUGCUCGAUUUGUCACCGGGUUUUUCCCUCAGGGCAAGCUCUCGGAGGGCAUAAGAGAUGCCAUUGGAUCACCUCUAAUUCACCUGACACAUCUUCAUUACCUAAGUUCCACUUCCAAGACCAUGUUGGACCAGUCCAACCUUGUCAAAAGCCUAAGUCAGGGCAACCUGACACGUUAGACCUUAAUUUCCCCACUUGGGCAAAUGAUAUGUUAGGAAUAAGGCGGGAUCCACACAACCCAUUGAGCUUCGAGGUGUCUACAGAUGUUCAACAUCUACAAGAAAUGAUCGACAGUGAUACCAUAAACCCGCGUUUUGACUCCCAACAUGACAACAAGAAUAAGAACAUCAACAGUUUCAGAAUUAACGAAAACAACAACGUCAUUGAUGCUACGAACAAUGUUGAUGGUGAAGUAGAUAGUAACUUGAAGUUUGCCAAACUAAGUGAGUUGAAAGAUUUGAAGGACAUUAACAGUAGAGGUAACUCAUCCCAAUGGUUACAAGUAGGAAUUAGUUCUACAAUUGGAGUUGAUGGUGAUGUUUGAAUGAGGAAAGAAAAACUUAAAGCUAGAGUGUACUAUAUUUUUGUAUUCAUAUUGUAAAA